CCCGCGCGGGGCCUGCCGGGACUUGUAGUCUCCGCGGGCUGGGAGUGCCAGCUCCGGAAUCUCGGCCGCCGUCUGGGGGCUGAGGCGGCGCGGUGUAAUGUUCAAGCUCAGAAAUGCCUUAUGUGGAUCGUCAGAAUCGCAUUUGUGGUUUUUUAGACAUUGAAGAAAAUGAAAACAGUGGGAAAUUUCUUCGAAGGUACUUCAUACUGGAUACCAGAGAAGAUAGUUUUGUAUGGUACAUGGAUAAUCCACAGAACCUGCCUUCUGGAUCAUCACGUGUUGGAGCCAUUAAACUUACCUACAUUUCAAAGGUUAGCGAUGCAACUAAGCUGAGGCCGAAGGCUGAGUUCUGUUUUGUUAUGAAUGCAGGGAUGAGGAAAUAUUUCCUACAAGCCAAUGAUCAGCAGGACCUAGUAGAAUGGGUAAAUGUGUUGAACAAAGCUAUAAAAAUUACAGUACCAAAGCAGUCAGACUCACAGCCUCAUUCUGAUAACCUAAGUCGCCAGGGUGAAUGUGGGAAGAAGCAAGUGUCUUACAGAACUGACAUUGUUGGUGGUGUGCCCAUCAUUACUCCAACUCAGAAAGAAGAGGUAAAUGAAUGUGGUGAAAGUAUUGACAGAAAUAAUUUGAAACGGUCCCAAAGCCAUCUUCCUUCCUUUUCUCCUAAACCACCUCCAGACAGUGCAGUUAUCAAAGCUGGAUAUUGUGUGAAACAAGGAGCAGUGAUGAAAAACUGGAAGAGAAGAUAUUUUCAGUUGGAUGAAAACACAAUAGGCUACUUCAAAUCUGAACUGGAAAAGGAACCUCUCCGUGUAAUACCACUUAAAGAGGUUCAUAAAGUCCAGGAAUGUAAGCAGAGUGACAUAAUGAUGAGGGAUAACCUCUUUGAAAUUGUAACGUCAUCUCGAACUUUCUAUGUGCAGGCUGAUAGCCCUGAAGAGAUGCACAGUUGGAUUAAAGCUGUCUCGGGCGCCAUUGUGGCGCAGCGGGGGCCUGGCCGAUCGGCAUCUUCGAUGCGGCAGGCCAGAAGGCUGUCGAAUCCUUGUAUACAGAGGAGCGUUCCAUCUGUCCUUCAGAAUCCAAAUACGCUUCCCGCCCUGCCGGUGCAGCAGCCGCCGCCUCACAUUCCACAGCCUCUCGCAGCAACUCUCUGGUCUCAAGCUUUACCGUGGAGAAGCGAGGAUUUCACGAAUCUCUUGCCAAGGUCAAGCCAGGGAACUUCAAGGUCCAGACUGUCUCUCCAAGAGAACCAGCUUCCAAAGUGACUGAACAAGCUCGGCUAAAACCUCAAAGUACAAAUGGCCCUCAGGAAAAAGAUUGUGACCCCGUGGACUUGGAUGAUGCGAGCCUUCCCGUCAGCGAUGUGUGAGGUGGCAGCACGCGGAGCCUGACCACCUCAGCAGCCCCUCCGUUUCCUUUCAUGAGGCUUCCAGCCAAAGAUGGUAAAGGGUGAAGUGGUUUCUAGUGCAUAUGUUAUACUGCCUCUUAGAUGUACUCUUUAUAAGCUGGUAAACCAAGAGUCUGGGGAGUGGCCAAACUAAAUGUAAUUUCUUUAAAAAAGGAAAAAACCUAAGUGUUUCAGUAUCAACUGUCUGAAGCUUUGUGUGUUCUCAUUCGGGUGGUAAAAAUGUGUGUGAUAUUUUUAGUGAAUUUGACAAUUUAAAUGUUUAACAACUUAAAACAUUAAAAAUGCUUAUUAAUUAUUUUGGUUGUUUUUAAAAUGCUACUAUGACUUCCUGUUAGAUGUUCGAUAUUUACACAUUCUUACUGGUUAAUAUUAUUGAAUGAAAUAUUGCCAGACUAAGAUAUCUAAACUCAUGAAUGUCUGUGGUGCUGUAAAAUUUAUACUACAAUGUGGACUGUUUUGAAAUGAUAACCAUUUUUGAUGCUCUGGAUCUCAAGGUGAGUGGUAAGUUUUGCGUAGAGGAUAGUGUUGGACCAUGAGUGAGGGUUGUGGGUUGUACUGGGGUGGAUAAGAGGGGGAAAUUAGAGUUCAUACAACCAUAUCUUGGAUGUUUGUUUGAAAAGCUUAAUCAGGACUGUAGCAGUCAUUGCUUUUAUUCAGUGAAAACUAUUUGGUGUGAAAUUUCUGGGAGAUAUGGUUUUCUUAUUAAAGUUUUGUAAGUAGUUCUUAUUUCUAUGUUUGGUUCAGUGAGAGACCUCACGUUUAUAUGUGAAGACAUACUGCCCUUAGUCAUGCGAUUGUAGCCUUUACUUUUUGUCACUAAUAACCCAUAUUCAAAUGCCUGGGUUUCUUCAUCUUGUUAGGGAUGUUAUGAGCUCAGAAUUCCUACUGAUUGGUUUUAAACGUUGGGAUAAAAUUAAUUUUCAGUAGCAUAGUUUAAUGUGUUAAAUAAGGUAUCAUUUUAUGUUAGAGAUACCAGAGUGCUGUUAUUCUACUACCUGUGCAAUAUGUUUUAAAACACAAAUUUGAGUAUAUGUUUAAUCACAGGGAUAUCAUAAAUAUUUAACACCUCUAAAAAAUCCUUCGUUUCAGGUAUUGAAUAAUAGACCAGUUAGGGCAAGUACCAUUUUUACGGUUCAGUCUUAAACAUUUGCUUUAAGAAAAUAGUCUUGAAUUUCACAUGCUGCUAUUUUUAUGAUGUUUUGCCAUUUUACAGUACUGUUUUGUUUUGAAUUCAUACUUGUCACUGUUCCUCCUUUUCAUUUUCUAAGAUGACUUCUUUGAGAACGAGAGAGAGAUUUCCUACUACAUUGUGGGGUCCAGAGGUUACUAUCUAUUAUUACUAGAAUUAUCAUAGCAUCAGUUUAAAAAUCCAAAUGCAUAAAGAAUGCACCACUCAACUUUUUUAUUCAUAAGCUAAUAUUUUUAAAAAUUAUUUAGAUUUUUCCUUUUUUGCAGCUACGUUUGAAAAGGUUUUAAGUAGUUAUCACUUUUUCUGCUGAUAUAUCCAUUGUAAUGGCUCUUUUGAAAGUUUCUUUUUCAUGAACACACCUAAGAAAUCUUGUGUAGACACUUGGCGAUAUUCAGGAGCCUAAUGCUGUUUCUUUGGUACAGCUUCUACAUUGCAUGUUCGUUUUAACAUAUUUUGGUAUUGAUAAUUUGAUAUAUUUCAUAGUGGCAAAAUACUAGCUCUAUUUUGGGACUUUUUAUAGAACUACCCUUGUAUUCAAUAGCAUAGGAAAAUGUUCUUGUGAUUGUCAGGGUCUCCUAAUAUUUAUCUCAAUACUUUUAUAAUUCUAUGAAAAUUAUUUAAUUAUUUUAAAACUUCUACUUUUCUUGUAAAUGUGUCACAUCUCAGUUGUCAAAAAAUUACUUUGAAUAUCUUAAUAUUUGCUGCAGUUUUUUUCUGUGUGUAUAACGUUUUUCAGAAUGGGAGUAGAUGUGUGCUUCCCAAUGUUUACUUCUACGUCUGUUAUCUUUAUAUGUCAGACUGGUUGAACACUGUAAUGACUUGAGAAUAAACUGCUCAAAAUUAA